UUUUUUUUUUAAUGCAAUAAUUCAAUAUUUUUGUCGAGGGAAGUGUGAUGCUAACUUACGACUUGGCCUAUAAAAUACGUCAUUACUAUAUGUGUGAAUGUGACGUAACCACGCCCACCGUCUAGCGUGAAACUACAGAAUGAACUGCCGACUUUCACACAAACACAAGCAGCCUGACACCUGUUUAAAGAGAGAGUCCAGGUCAGGAGAAUAUGAUACUAUCGUGUGCACAUGUGCCUCGACGUUUCACAUCGGGAAUGCUGACAGACCGAAACAGAGGGAGAGAGACAGAGUCAGACACUUCAGUCCUUUCCUUUGCUUCUGACCGCCACUGAAACACAGAACUCACUUCACAGGUGCAGAUGUCUCAUAACAGACCUCCGGCCUCCAUAUCAGAUCCUCAGGAUGAGGAGAAGAUGAUGGAGAUUUUCACACAGCAGCUUCUGUUCCUGCAAGAGAAAGCCAUGCUGCAGGCGUCAGUGAGGGAAGAGAAGAAACUGCUUGUUGAAAAUGCCAAACUAAAGAAAGACAUUGAUGAUCUGAAGAAAAACCUGCAGGAAACACAGAAGAGGAAAGCAGUGAAGCUGCAUCAGGAGCGAGUUCUGACGGCAUCAAUCGCAUCUAAAACGGCCCUGCUGGGGGACACGGCCCCUCCAUCAGAAACGGCCCCGUCGUCCCGAUCGGAGACGAGCGCCGCACACUCUCGUCAUGAGGGGAGACGCAGGAGAGACAGGAGAGGUGCGGAAGCGGCACUUCCGAAGACUUCCGAGUGUGUUCUGAUGCGAGAGCAGAAACCCGACGUGUCCCGUCUGGACCUGCGGGUCGCUCGGAUUCUGGACGUCCGGAAACAUCCGGAUUCAGAGUCACUGUACAUCCAGGAAGUGGAGUUAGGAGAACCCGCCCCCAGAACCGUGGUCAGUGGACUGACCGAUCCAGAACAGUUGGUCGGUUGUCUGGUGGUUUUGUUGUGUAACGUGCGGCCAGUGAAGGUACGAGGUGUUCAGUCGCAGGCCCGCCUCCUCUGCGCUGUCAAUCAAGAGAGGAUGGAACCCUUGACUCCGCCCACUGCUGCUCAGCCAGGCGACAGAGUCACUUUCCAGAGUUUCCCCGGUGAACCAGAGAAAGAGUUGAAUCCCAAACAGCGGAUCUGGGAGCGUUUACUGCCCGACCUGUGUACAGAUGCGAAGGGCGUGGCCACGUAUAAGGGCGUGGCAUUUGAAGUCCGUGGGAAGGGCCUCUGCCGGGCCCCGAGCAUCAGCAACGGCGGGAUCAAAUAAAAAUGAAAACUCCGUCAUUCAUGAUCAAAAUCCCACCAAUAAAUUAUUAAAAUCCA